CCGGGGAAAGGGGAGGGGGGAAGUGGAGAAAGCGAGCGAGAGAGAGAAAGCGAGGCAGAGAACCUUGGCCAGACUCAGAAGGGGGGGUGGCGAAUAGGUAAAGAACGAGUAAGAAUGAGUGGAAAGCCGGGCAGGCUAAUCUGAGUCCACGAGUUUUCCAAGCAUAGCCAAUUUCUCGAGAGGACUGAACAGGUGGCCCUAAGGCAGCGGCACACUCUGGUUGUGAGUCUUUAAAGAAACAUGCCAAGAAAACGGGUAUUAGAAAAAGAUGACAUUUUAAAAGUGAAACGGACAAAAGUUAGCCAUUCAUCACACCAAAGCGAGCCAGGAUUGGUGUUGACCCUGGGGCAAGGUGAUCUUGGACAGUUGGGCCUUGGACCAGAUGUGCUGGCACGGAAGAGACCUGCCCUGCUGCAGCUCCCUGAGAAAAUCAUCCAAGCUGAGGCAGGAGGGGUUCAUACAGUAUGUCUGAGCGAAACAGGCAAAAUCUACACUUUUGGCUGCAAUGACGAGGGGGCCUUGGGGAGGGACACUUCAGAGGAAGGGUCUGACGCCGUGCCAGGCUUGGUCGAUCUGAAGGAGAAGGUGGUGCAGGUGUCAGCGGGAGACAGUCACACUGCAGCAUUGACAGAAGACGGACAUGUCUUCAUUUGGGGUGCUUUCCGGGAUGAAAACGGUGUUAUUGGUUUACUAGCUCCUCAGAAAGGCGAAGAGAAUUCGCAGUCUACCAGUGGCAGCUUGUUCCCAGUAGAACUACAGUUGGAUGUCCCAGUUGUUAAAAUUGCGUCUGGGAGCCAUCAUUUGGCUUUAGUGUCCAGUACUGGCAACCUUUAUACCUGUGGAUGUGGAGACAAUGGUCAGCUGGGGCGUGUGCCUCAAAUUUUUGUGGUCCGAGGAGGAAGACGGGGCUUGGAGCGGCUGUUGCUCCCCCAAGUGGUCACCAUAAAGCAGAGAGGCUGCAAGACCAAAGGCAACAUCAGGGAUGUCUUCUGUGGCUCUUACUCCACCAUUGCCAUCACGCAGGAGGGACAUGUGGUUGGGUUUGGCCUCUCCAAUUAUUAUCAGUUGGGUUCCCAAGAAAUUGCCACUUAUUAUUCUCCAAAAAUUCUGACAGCAUUUAAGAAUUCCACCCGAUCGUGGGUUGGAUUCUCUGGUGGGCAGCAUCACACUGUUUGUCUGGAUUCAGAAGGCACUGUGUAUAGUCUUGGACGUGCAGACUAUGGUAUGUUGGGCCUAGGAAAAGGUGUUGGCGAGAAGAACUCUCCCACCGCUGUCCCUGGUUUGCCCAAAUCAACUUCGGUGGCCUGUGGAGAACGAGUUGGCUUUUCCGUGACAGAAGAUGGUCAUGCCUUUGCUUGGGGCAUGGGAUCAAACCUUCAGCUGGCCACAGGAGAUGAAGAGGACGUCUGGAGCCCUGUUCAGAUGUCCGGCCAGCAGCUGGAGAACCGCAGCGUUCUGUCCGUGACGGCCGGAGGGCAGCACACUGUCUUACUUGUCAAGGACCAGCAGAGCUGACAGUCUGUUCCUGCAGUCCCACCAGGAACCCUCCAGGGGGCGCUCCCUAUCUGAAUCUUUUGGAGCCAGGUUUUGAAGACUGCCCUUUAGUGGGGAAAGGAAAAAAAAUUUUUUUCAAAGUUUCUUUGGAAAAGAAAAUGAGCUGAGAUAAAAAUACUCUUCUGAAUGCUGGAAUUUGUUGAAAUCCAAAGCAGGUUAUCUUGUGGUAUCAAAAUCGGGAAUGGAGACAAGCCUUCCCAUCUUUAAAAAAGGAAAAAAAAAUCAAUGUCUGCAACUCUAUUUACUACCAUUUUUGCUUUUGCUAGGCUAUUUUCCAUGCUUUUAUCGAUCUUUGAAAAACUUGGGAUUUUCCCCAGUUCUGUUCACCACUCGGUGUGGGACUUCACCUUGGUUACAUUCUUAGCUAUUUAUUCUUCCCUUUUAAAAUUUUUUAUCCCUUGCAAUGCUUGCAUUCCCUGUUAGGAAGUGUGGUCUCUUCAGUUUAAGUGCAGUAAAGUCUGCUGCUUUUUUUCAGCGCAUGUCCUCUUCUGUCUAAAGCAGCAAAGCAAAUUGGGAUGACUCCAAGAGCCGUUUAAUUCAGGGGGUGAGUUUCUCUUACUGAGGUAUCUUCUUCAAGAUUCAAGGUUAUGUAGGCAGACUACUGCCUUUCUCACCUCUAGCCAGUACAUUCCAGGGACAAACUGCUUCAGAGGGAUGAACAGUGUAGAUAAGCACAUCUUCCAAGUUGGAUGCUUUAGCGAAAGGAUCCAAAUUGGUUCUACUUGCCCUUAUUUCCAGGAAACAGUGUCUUUAUCCUAGUAGGAAAUGUGAAUUCCUCAAUCCUCAAUGGUUGGAGGAACACGGUUCUUAAGUGGAGAGUGGGUAAAAGGUCUCUCCUUUUGGAGAAAUUGUUGGGGUUUUCCUUAUGGGACUUUUAAUGCAGCUCUCACUGAUGCAGCUGCUAAUCUCCAGAACAAUUAAGCCUGAACAGAGACUUAACAAUGACACAGCACUGCUUGGGACAUCCACAAAUCCUGUUUUUCAUAUUUAAAGUGGCAUCUCUGGUUAUUUUUUUCCUGGAAAAUUUAGGCCCUUGAAUUUAGGAGACCAGCUCCAAGUUCUCUCAGGUGUUCCUUCAUUAGUUGUCUUGCAUGAAUAGCAGAGUGAUUUUUCCAAUAUUUCCACGUGGGGCCAUGCUUGUAAACCAUAUUUUCAAUUUAGUUUGGCAGAGAAUUAUCAAUUUAGUUUGAUAAUUGCUUGUUCAAAGGAGCUGCUUGUCAAUUGAUCCUCAACAAAGAUGAAGGAGCAAAACCAGCCAAAGAAAAGCCAUGUUUAGAUCAUGGAAUGUAAGCCAGACUGAGAUGGAGACAUUUUGCCAUGACCUUUGAAAUGCCAGCCAUGUUCUGUCAUCUCCCACAGCCGAAAUUUCUGCAAUUCUAGAAAACAGUGCAUUUUUAAAAUACGGAGUUCCUGCGGCCUCAGGAAACCAGGGGAGGGAAAAUUUGGAGAGAUAAAGAAAGCAAUAUAUAUAUAUAUAUCUUUGGUAGCAUUUGCCAAGGAGACACAACAAAUCUGUGAAAUCCUAACAUUUGAAAUAAAUUUGAGUUUUGAUAGUGC